CCCAACAACAUCUUAAAGCGGAGACUCGUUUCUUUGCGACCACGUCCACGCCUUCUUUCCUUCCUCCCCUCCGUUCCCGGCGAGCUCUCCUCUUCCGGCUGCGGGCGAGCGACGCCGACGCGUUCCAGAGACGGCCGGACGCAAUCAUCCAGCCGUGAUUGGAGCUGCCUUCGUGAAUGGAGGCGGCGGCGGCGAGGGGGGAGGAGGAGCGGCGCGCGGCGAGGUGCCUCCCCACGCUUCUGUGCGGCGUCGUCUCCGGCGUGCUCACCGGUAUCUUCGCCGUCGAUUCUUGGAAUCCAGAAAGGCUCGAAAGGGUUGAUCUAAGCGUUUCUGCGAGCUGUUCUUUUGGUUUGAUUUGUGCUCUGAUUAUGGUUUCUUUGUGCCUGUUAAUUAAUUUUGGGAUGGCUGAAGCUGGAGGCUUGACGGGGGCGGUCACUGGAGCGUUGGCCGGGAGAGCUUCUGACGGCGGCGUUCUCCGGGGAGCCGGGCUGGGUGCAUUUGCUGGUGCAGUCCUCUCCAUUGAGAUCCUGGAGGCGUCUCGCGCGUAUUGGUGCCAAGAUCGAUCAAGCUCGCCAUCUACAUUAUCCAUGGGUGAUUUUGUGAAGCAGCUUAUUCAUGCUCGUUUUGUGCAAGAGCAGUAUGGGGCAUCAGGACAUGCAACACAUCGUUGGCAGGUUGGUAUUGCAGACGUCGUCAAUAAUGCUGUACAUGAAGUCCUAGGAGAUGUCCCAUCUAGAGGAGGGCUCUCAAAAUAUUCUCUAAUGAAAUUGCCUUACCAUGUGGUGACUGAUAAUCAAGGCUCCAAUGGGGAAAACUUGUCUUGCUCUAUUUGCUUGCAGGAUGUUGUGGCUGGAGAGACAGCGAGGAGGUUGCCAAAUUGCUCUCACACUUUCCAUCAGCCUUGUGUGGACAAAUGGCUCGUCGGCCAUGGUUCUUGCCCUGUGUGUAGGCAAGAUGUGUAGAUCAUAGAUAACGUCUGGCUCUGUCUUGCCCUCCUAGAACCAAAUUGACAUAUACUCAGUGUGUCAAAUAUGUGUUCUAAUUAUACAUAGAAAAGUCUACCCAACUGUAAAUUAGUCCUAUACAUGUAUAUGUCUAUUGGAAAAGAAAAGGUUCUCUGCAUCCUGCACUUGGUUAAGAACUUGAGAUGUAAAAAGGAUGUGUUCGUUUUUUUUUUUCUGUUAUGGUAGUAUCUGGAUAACUGGAUCUGCACCGUGAUGUCGCUGGAAUGUUCACAUCAUCAAUCGGGCCACAAAUGGAUUAAUUCGAACUUU